CGAGAGUCACUACAUUUUAAUAUCAACUAUGAAGGAUUGUCAACAGAUGUUUCUGAAGUUGUUCAGAAGAUACAACAGGUGGCUGAAAAGGUGUUAUUUCACUGGCGGACAUUCCCCAUUGUUCUCCCACCACCAUUAGCAGUGCUGACAUCUGGUGGUGAUUCUCUAACACGCAAGCCAAAGCCAUUGAAUCUUCGAGAUUUGUUUAUAACGCCAUCAUUUGAUGAGAUUGAAGCCGUGGCAGUUGACAUUAAGGGUGAACCUCGUAGGUUAAAUGAGAAGCAGCUUCGUAACAUUCGUACAGAAGGAGAAUUUGAAGUGGAAAGUUUGAACUUUCCUGGCCAAGUUCACAGAUGGCAACUUAGUCAAAUUUUACAGAAAGGGACAUGCAAAGUACAUCACACAUUGCUAAGGGACAUCGCUCUAGCUCUCCGACUUUUGUUUGUUACUGCCCAAAACAGGCUUCAUUCAGACUUUUUCAGUGUAUCGGGAUCUGCCCAUUCCUUGCUGCAGGGAUUGUUGCUCCUGUUAGAUGCUUUUUUUGGGGUACCGUCUCUCUCCGCUAAAAACUUGGAAAUGAGAAUCCAAGAAGAGAGAAUUAAGUACUUAGUAGCAGAACUAACUGUUAGACCAAGUUUAGAAGAUGACUUAGACAACCUAUGUCAGUUUGUUAGACAUCAGAUAAGGAAGCAAACAAUGGAAAAAUAUAGAAUAGUAAACACAGUGCCAAAAGGAGUUCUAAGGAAGGCCAGAGCUUACUUGUCUGGUUUUCUCACAGGAAUAGUUAAAGCAGCAUUUAAUUUGCAAGUUGAGCUGUUCUUGUCAACUAAUCAGAAAAUGCACUUG